AUGGAUGGUGGUUAUUAUGGGAGUGGAGUUGGCGGUGGUUCAUGUGGUGGUGGAGAAACAGCGAUGGCGAUGACAAUGACAUCGAUACCGGUUGUAGUGGCAAUGGUGGAGAGUGGUGGUGAUGUUAAAAUGUCCAACCUAGCAAAGCUUGAAUUUGUGGCUCUAGAUAUCCCUGGAAAAAAUUAUCUGUCUUGGGUGUUAGAUGCUGAAAUGCACUUAGAUGCAAAUGAUCUUGGAGAUGCUAUUAAAGAAGGAAAUACUGCAUCUAACCAAAUCAAAGCCAAGGCUAUGAUCUUCCUCCGGCACCACCUUCAUGAAGCUCUAAAGGUUGAAUACCUCACAAUAAAAGACCCACUUGUUCUCUGGAAAAAUUUGAAAGAAAGGUUUGACCAUCAAAAGACCGUGAUUUUACCUAAAUCUCGGUAUGAUUGGCUACAUUUGCGCUUACAAGAUUUUAAAUCUGUAAGUGAGUAUAAUUCUGCUAUGUUCAGAAUUACUUCUCAAUUAAAGCUAUGUGGAGAAAAUGUAAGCGAUGAUGAUAUGUUAGAAAAAACAUUCUCCACAUUUCAUGCAUCAAAUGUGGUCUUGCAGCAGCAAUAUCGAGAAAGAGGCUUCACAAAGUACUCCGAGUUAAUCUCUUGCCUUCUCGUUGCUGAACAAAAUAAUGAGCUGCUCAUGAAGAAUCAUGAAUCUCGACCUACUGGCAGUGCCCCAUUCCCUGAAGCGAAUGUUGCAACUUAUAAUCAUAAUACUCGUGGUUGA